AUGGCCCCAAUCGAACGCAUCACACUCUUCAAAAUCCCCAACGAGGCGGACCGCGAGCGCGUCCUGGAGCAGUACAAGAUCCUCGCAAAGACUGCUGUUAAGGACGGAAAACCCUACAUCACCAACCUCGCUGUCGGCCCGUUGUUCCCUGAUCCUCGGAACAAAGGGUUCAAUGUCGCUGUCAAGACGACCUUUGCGUCGCUGGAGGAUAUGCAGUAUUAUGAUAAUGAGUGUGAGGCGCAUAAAGCGCUGAAGGCGGUUGCGGGGCCUGUCAAGGAGGAUGUUUUGUCGGCUUAUUUUGAGAGUGUUGUAUGA